CGUCCCUCGGCAGCUUCCGUACUUUGUGAACCUACGUCAUCAUUUCGCGACGAGUCGCACGCUCACAACACAGCGGCGCUGAAGAGUCGCGCGGACUUGUUUCUCCUCGCUUCCACACGUUACCUGCAGAGUGAAGAAACCUGCAAGAGCACCAGAGAGAAAGAGUCAUUAAUCGACUUGUUAUUGGGAAUCAUUCGAAAUCUUUCAUGCUUCAGCCAUGAGCGAGAGCAGCGACGACGACGCCCCGGCGCUGUCGGCUCACGCCCUCGCCGCCCUGCAGGAGUUCUACAACGAGACCAGCGACGCGCCGCCCGCCCCCCAGUUCACUGUGGGAGCAGUGGAGGAGGACUGGCGGAUGAGUCAGUUCUGGUACAGCGACGAGACGGCGACCCGGUUAGCCGAGGAGCUCGUACGAGAGGCCGGAGAGGGAGGCAGGAUCGCGUGCGUGAGCGCGCCCAGCGUGUACCAGAAGCUGAAGCAGGGCGUCGUGCUGGGUUCCGACCGCGUCUCCGCCGUCGUGCUGGAGUUCGACCGCCGCUUCGCCGCCUACGGCGACGACUUCGUCUUCUACGACUAUAAUGAGCCACUAACCCUCCCCCCCCCCGCCGCCACGGAGCACAGCUUCGACAUCGUGCUCGCCGACCCGCCGUACCUGUCCGAGGAAUGUCUGAGCAAAGUGUCCCAGACCGUCCGGUACCUGAGCAAAGGAAAGGUGCUGCUUUGUACAGGAGCCGUCAUGGAGGAGCCGGCCCGGCGCCUCCUGGGCGUCUCCACGUGCCGCUUCCUGCCGACGCACCGCAGGAACUUGUCCAACGACUUCCGCUGCUUCGCCAACUAUUCGUCUCAGCUGCUGUCCUGAAGACGCGUCCUCGUCGGAGAGAGACGCUUCGAAUGUUUACUGGUUUUACAUCAUUUCAAACUGGGUUUUGGACUCGUGAUCUUUGACUGUGAUGGACUCGUUUUCUGAGCGGCUCUGGUGGUCGAUGAAUGUGGGCGGAUGUGUCGAGGUGCUCAGUCAACCCCUUGAUGAUGUCAUACUGAUUUGAUCAUACUGACAAAAAGCCUGCGCGUGUGUACUGAACGCUGUAGACGUGCAUUGUGGGUAAUGUAGGAGGGAAUUAGAAGUAAAGGAUAUUUUUUCCUCAUUUGCUUUGAUUUUGACAGUUAUUGUCUUUCUUUUUUUUUAUACACAGUACUAUGCAUUAUUUUUGAGAAACUAAUAACUAUAGUAAGGCUUAGUUUUUGUUUUGACAAACUAUUAAAGUAAUUCCCUCUGA